GCUGCCCAAGGUCUCACUGGCUUCCUCUGGUGAGAUAGUGGAGGGCAGUUCAAUAACCCUGACUUGUACCAGUGAUGCUAAUCCUGCAGCUACUUAUACCUGGUACAAGAAGAACAUUCCCAGUCCUCUCAGCAAAGACUCACAAUUUGUCUUCAGAUCUACCCAGUCCUCUGACUCAGGAGAGUAUUACUGUACAGCUGAGAAUGUGCUGAAAACAACAACAUCUAAAGUCAUCUUCAUUGAUGUAAAAUAUGCACCAAGGAUCCCGAUUAUUUCAGUUCAUUCUUCAGGUGGGCUAGUGGAGGGAAGCUCAGUGACUUUGAAUUGUAGCACUGAUGCUAAUCCAGCAGCUAAUUACGCCUGGUACAAGGACCACGAAGUUGAUCCCCGCAGCAAAAACUCACAACUUGUCUUCAAAUCUGUUCAGUCUUCUGACUCUGGAAAAUAUUUCUGCACAGCUGAGAACAUGCUCAAAAAGAUGGCAUCAAAGGAGAUCGUAGUUGAUAUAGAAUAUGCUCCAAGGCUUCCCUUGGUCUCACUGACUCCUUCGGGUGAGAUCGUGGAGGGGAUUUCAUUGACGCUGACGUGCAGCAGUGAUGCUAAUCCGGCAGCUAAUUACAGCUGGUUUAAAGAGAAUAACGAGUCGGCGCAAUAUUCAAGACGAAACUUCACAAUCCCAAAUAUAGGCCCACAUCACGGUGGCCUUUAUUACUGUGAAGCUCACAACAGAAGAGGAAGUCACAAAUCUGCCAUACAUUUUACUGUUGUUGCAAGGACAACAUUCAAGAUAAUGAAUUUCACAAAGCUGGCUGUAAUUUUUCUGCUGUUGCUGAUUCUUCUGUUUGUUCUUUCUCUUCAGAAGAGGAAGAAGAAAACAGUCGUCUUACAAGCUGAAUCUGAGGAGCAUGAAGAGAAUAUACAGGUUGGCUUGGAUCCUGAUUAUGAGAACAUCUCAGCUUUGAGAGCUUUUAUCGCAUCCCAGGAGGAGGCGAAAGAGAAGCAAAACAAUCCAAUGUGAAAACAAGUCAGGAUACAGCAUUGGACGUGGAUGAA